UGAUCUCUGGGUUUGCAGAGCGCAGAGUUUUGAUGGGUGUGGUUAAUCUUUCCCACGCAUCCUCACUGUCCUUGAUUAAUCCCAUAAGACCCAGUUGUCAAAGGAAUAGACCCAAUACCUCUAUUAUAGCCAUGUCAGCAAUCCCUGUGCAGCAGCAGCAGCACCCAGAAGUCAAUGACGGUCAACAGCGCUUAACGGGCGACUCUUUCAUUCGACCCCAUUUGAGGACCUUGUCUCCUUAUCAGCCCAUUUUGCCAUUUGAGGUGUUGUCAGCCCGACUUGGAAGGAAGCCGGAAGACAUCAUCAAAUUAGAUGCAAAUGAAAACCCUUAUGGUCCUCCUCCCGAGGUCUCUGAAGCUUUGGGUGCAAUGAAAUUCCCAUAUAUUUAUCCAGAUCCUGAAAGCCGUCGCUUACGUGCUGCCCUUGCAGAGGAUUCAGGCCUUGAUGCUGAAUAUCUUCUUGUAGGAUGUGGUGCAGAUGAACUCAUUGAUUUGAUCAUGAGAUGUGUGCUUGAUCCUGGUGACAAGAUUGUGGACUGCCCUCCAACGUUCACAAUGUAUGAAUUUGAUGCCGCAGUCAAUGGGGCAUCUGUCAUUAAAGUGCCGAGGAAAUCAAACUUUAGCUUGAAUGUAGAGGCCAUCUCAGAUGUAGUUAAACAAGAAAAACCUAAAUGCAUAUUCCUAACUUCUCCGAACAAUCCAGAUGGAAGCAUAAUCAGCGACGACAUUCUCUUGAAAAUCCUUGAGCUUCCUAUAUUGGUUGUUCUUGAUGAAGCAUACAUUGAGUUUUCUGGACUUGAAUCAAGGAUGCAAUGGGUGAAGAAAUAUGAGAAUUUAAUUGUUCUUCGAACAUUUAGCAAACGAGCUGGCUUAGCCGGGCUUCGGGUAGGAUAUGGAGCAUUUCCCUUGACAAUAAUUGAAUAUCUCUGGAGAGCAAAGCAACCAUAUAAUGUGUCAGUUGCUGCUGAAGUUUCUGCUUGUGCAGCAUUGCAGAAUCCCACCUACCUUGAGAAUGUGAAAGAUGCUUUACUGCAAGAAAGGGAGAGGCUGCUUCAUCUUCUUAAGGAGCUGCCAUUUCUCAAGCCUUAUCCUAGCUAUUCCAAUUUCAUUCUGUGUGAGGUCACAUCCGGAAUGGAUGCUAAGAAACUCAAGGAGGACCUUGCAAAAAUGGGUGUGAUGAUUCGUCAUUACAACAACAAAGAGUUGAGCGGUUAUGUUCGUGUAUCUGUUGGAAAGCCUGAACACACAGAUGCCUUGAUUGAUUGCCUCAGACGCUUAUCUUAAUCCAGCACUUUUUUACGAAGAUUUUGCGCCAACAAAGGUUCGUACCUCUCAAAUGGAUAUGUGGAAGAGAUUUAAUUGUAACCAUUUAAGCAGUUGAUUGCGGAGAAUAGAGAUGUCCGUAAACAAGGAUAGUGAAGGCAUUUUCUUUUUACCAUGUCUUGCAAUCUUGCAUGAAAGCACUUGCGUCUUGUCAUAUUGAGUUUUAUACAUGACAAUUUAUCAACUUUGAUCAAGUACU